CAAACGCUAAUCAACUGCAUACCUACUCCCUCAACGUUCAUUUAAAAUUAAUUUGAUCAAAAAACAGAUACCUGCAAAAUCGAGGAGUCGGAUCUUGUACUAUACAUAAAUAAUAGUACUUAAUAGGUAAUGCAUAGUACAUCAUUAUCGUGAAGAGUUGUUUUUAUCAUUAUACAUUACUCAGUUACUUAACGACGGUCACGUUUAAAUCACGUAAACAUGGUUAAAGCUCGAAAAUACGUCGUAAUCAAAUAUUUCGAAGGAUUUCCUAAACGCGAUGAUUUUAACAUUGUGGAAUACGAAUUACCGCCGCUACAAAACGGUGAAAUUCUAAUCAAAGCGGAAUGGUUGAGUGUAGACCCAUACCAACGAGCAUACAAUAGGAAAUUUCCCCUUCCCUUUGAUCAAUUCGGGUUCAUUGUAGGAGUAGUAGAAGAUUCUAGAAACCCUCGAUUUCAACUCGGCGAUAAGGUCGUUUCACAUAGUUGCUGGAGUGAUUUUAGCAUUGUGAGUCCAAAUAUAUGUAAUUCUAAAUUGGAUAUUACGUACAAACUUCCAGAUUUAAGAGGUUUAUCGCCAUCUCUUGGUAUAAGUGCAAUUAGCGCUGUAGGAGCCACAGCAUAUUUUGGAUUUCUAGAAAUAUGUCAACCCAAAGCAGGAGAAACUGUUGUUGUGACUGGAGCAGCUGGCGCAGUUGGUUCCAUUGUGGGGCAAAUUGCUAAAAUUAAAGGAUGCAAGGUUAUCGGAUUUGCGGGAACAGAUGAUAAAGUCGCAUGGCUCCAGAAUGAGCUAGGAUUUGACAAAGCGUAUAAUUACAAGACUUGUAAUGUUAAUGAGGUUCUUAAAGUUGCUGCUCCAAAUGGUGUCGACUGUUACUUUGAUAAUGUUGGUGGAGAAAUGAGCAGCACAAUCAUUAGCCACAUGAAUGAUUUCGGCAGAGUGUCUGUAUGCGGUAGUAUUAGUGCUUAUAAUGAUGACCAGUCCCAGUUACCACGGGCUCCCAUUUUACAAUUCGACAUUGUUAUGAAGCAAUUGAAAAUUGAAGGAUUUUUAGCUCAUCGUUGGUUCGAACAAUGGCCAGAAGCAUUCGAAGCCCUCAUUAAAUGGGUUUUAGAAGGUAAAAUAAAAAUAAAUGAACAUAUUACUGAAGGAUUUGACAAUAUAUUUGAGGCCUUUAUUGGAAUGUUAGCUGGAAAAAAUACCGGUAAAGCUAUUGUGAAAAUAUAGAGACGACAUAUCCGGAGUUUUGCUGGCUUACAGUCUUAAAAAGUUUGUAAUAUAAACAUUUAAAUCACGUAAUUAAUGCAUAUAUUCAAAUACACUCUCUAAGAAAA